AUGACUGUUUACCUCAUAUUUGUCUGUCCCCGUGACAGGCAACAGCCCCCGCCGGAGGUCCGCGGGCAGCCGAUCCACGUGAGGAAGCGGCGCCCCCUUGCUGCGCUCGCGUUUAGCUGCGGCUGAGCCGGUGAGGUCAUCACCGCGGCUUGUGGAAGCCUGUACUGGAGAGGCCAGUAGAAACGGUCGCUGCCUGUGGGUUCUUGGUGGCACCUCGUGACCUGGAAGCAGCAACGCUUCGGCAGGCAGGUGCUUACUGCGGAGGAAGGGCUGCUAUACGAAGAGGAGGAUGGGAGCUGCUGGCCGCCCGCGUAGACAGUGUACUGCCAGGCGGCAGGUAGCGACGACAGCGGCUGGGGCUUCCCGGGAAGAUGCAACGCUCUAGUGACGGUUUCCCCCUGUGCAUGGGAGGUGUGCCCUGAUCUUUACUUUCCUAUUUCAGCACCAUGACAUCCACACCACAAACCCUGCACUUCAAUCUGCUGCGUCCAGAUGGCAACCCAGAACGCAUCCUGAGUUGUGAGCAGGAGAUUGAGCGGCGCUAUGAGAUUGUACCCUCAGUUGUGUGUUCCAUGUGCUGCCUCUUUGGGAUUAUCUACUGUUUUUUUGGUUACCGCUGCUUCAAGGCAGUGAUGUUUCUGACUGGUCUGAUGUUCGGCUCCAUCAUCAUCUUCAUGCUCUGCUACAAGGAGCGGGUUCUGGACACACAGCUCAGCGUAGAAGCCAGUGUAGGCAUUGGCCUGGGCAUUGGAAUUUUAUGUGGCCUCGUCACAAUGCUGGUUAGAAGUGUUGGCCUCUUUAUGGUGGGGCUACUCUUGGGACUCCUGGUGGCUGUGGUGACGCUGGUUGUCAUGGAGCAGUUCUACCACCCUACUACAGUUUGGAUUCCACUUGGUUUGCUGCUGGGAACAGGCAUGUUGUUUGCUGUACUUACCUUGCAGUGGCAACGUUGCUUCACCACUCUUUCCACAGCGGUUUUUGGCAGUGCCAUCAUCACAGUCACAGUGGACUACUUCAUUGAGCUCUUCUUACUCGUCAAGUAUGUAUAUGACAGAAUCAAGGUGGCACCGCCAAAACCUCUCUGUUGGUUUAGCUGGGUCAUUCUUGGUGUAUGGCCAAUGCUCACUAUUCUUGGAGUUCUGGUACAAUGGAAAGUGACUGCAGAGGGAUAUUCACAUACAGAGGUGAUUAUUAGCCGACAACAACGCAGAGUGCAGCUCAUGAGAAUCCGGCAGAAGGAAGAACGCAAAGACCGCAAAAAGAAGAAGCAGCACCACCAACACCAGCAGAAAUCAGUCCACCAGGAACCAGUCUACCGGCGGAAGCCUAACCCCAUCCGACGAUUUGAUGGAGACGUUCUUUCCCCCCAGAUCCAGUUUCCUGCAAUGGUGCAUUUACCUGCUUGCUUGGCAACUAAGCCUGGCUCUCGCAAUCUGGACCACUUGAGUUACAUUCAAAGUUUCCGGGAACGACAGACUGGGAACUCACUUGUUAGUGGCACCCGCACCAUUGUGGACCUGGACUAUGACUGCGGCUCGACGGUGCCUUUAACUGCUGCUGCUGGACCUGCUGUCCGUGUCUAAUGCCCUGUGGGGGUUUGUCUUUGUAUCCUGCUCUACUGGCAUUCAGACUCAUGAGAAAGCUGAUGCCAGGGGGCCUUCUCUCUCACUCAGGAUUCCCAGAGCUGGGCCCUGAUCUCGACAAACAUUUCCGAGAGAGGCCUGAACUCUUAAAAUGCACGUUUACACAUGUGGUGGGACUCUGGGUUUUCUGGAAGCUCACUCAAUGUUGCAGUUUGAAUCUUUUUUUUACCUUUAGAAGUUCACCUUCAGACAAACAGUGAAGCAAGGCUUUCAUGACCUAUGUUUGUGGGCACCAGGUGCCAUUGUGAAGUGUGCUGAUACAGAGUGAUGCUUAAUCCUUGUACAGAUCCUUUUUUACAUGCAUGUUUACAGAAACAAAUUACAUUUGGAUCUGUCUUCAUUGGACUGGAUUAUUUGAGGACUGUUUACUGGCAGAUAGAUCCAUGUAUGGAGAAGUGAAAUAUGCAAAUGGAAUAUUAUUUCUCUGGACAUUGUGUCAUUAAUGCAGAAUUAAAGUAGUACAUUGAGUUGCCAUCAUACAUCUUAUAAGGAGUCAGCUGCCUCACACUGCCAUCAACAAAGUAAAACAAGAGGAAUCUGAGUGCGUAUUGCCUGAAAGCAGAUCAUCUGGAGCAAAAUUAUGUCAGAGCACUUCAGAUGAGACAUUGGACCAAUGAAGGGCUGCCAUCCUGGAAACAUAUCCUCCAAAGCAGAGUCACACAGGGUUGACUGCAGCAUCCCUUAAAGCAGAAUGAGAGUGGGUUAGCACCAAAUAUAUGGAGAAGUGCUUUCCUAGAAAUGGGUGGCCUUAUGCACCGCUACACUGGCUUUGCACUGAUGCAGAGAGAUGCUGAAGGAAUUGAGGACAUCAUUACUUGAGCCAGUUUGGACCAGUUGGAGCCAAUUUUUGGUCCUGACUAUGUUCCAUAUUGCACUGUGAGUAGGAUCUGGCAGUUUGUAAGAAGGAAGUACCCUAGUUUUGCAGAACAGAAGAUGAGUGCAGCCUUCCAUCUUUUUUUGUCUGAGUUUUUUUCAAGCCAUAGCAUUAUUUGCUCCUUUUACUGGAACAAGUCCCUUUGUAACAAGUGCAUAAUAUUGACUGAUCAAACUGCAGUGGUGGAUUUUCUUCUGGAGAUCUGAUGAAAUCCACCAAAUUUUCCCUACCCUGUGUGUGUGGACUUACCUGUUGUAGUGUGUGACAUAUUUCAUUCAGUGAAGUGGCGGUGCCAGAGUAUCAAGACAAGCUGCUGAUUGUGUUGUAGCUACUUUUUCCUCCCUGGUUCUUUUUUUAGAUCCUUGUGGCAGUGCCCUCUUCUGCUUGUCUCUAUAAAUCUGUGAGAAAAAGGAAGCCCUGAAGUAUGAAUAUAUAUUUCAAGUCAAUUUCAAAAUGUGUUAACCACCUCUUACCCCUAAUUUUUCCUUAAAUACUGUUCCUAAAAAGAAACAUUGUGACAUUUGUUCUGAAAGGCAAAAGUUGUAUUUAGAUUAAUUAAAGGGGAAGUACACUUUUCUUGAAAUGUAGGUUCAUUACAGCACUUAUUAGCACCUACAUCACUACACCUAGCUAUUAUUAUGUCUGUUGUUUUCAUUUUUCCUGUAGGCUACUCAGUUUCAAAGUAACAAAUACUGCUAAAAUCAAAUUGAUUUUCUAUGUGUCACCAUUACAUAUGUUUUAUACAUGUCAAAAAGGCCGCUUUCUGACCAGGAGAUGAUAGUGGUAUCAUUUUAUCUGUCCUGUCUCAUACUCAGGAAGAAGGAGGAAGCUUCAUCUUUCAUUGUUGGUGUUUAGGAAGCAUUCUGCUAGAAAUGAACACAACCAUGUUGUCACUUUAUAAUGAUAGUGUAAUUCACAUCUUGAUAUUCUGUUACGUAUUUCAAAAUGUAAAUAGAAAGCAUGCCUUAGGUUCAGGCUACUGAACUGAUUUAAUGUCCACUGGCAAACAUCCUUUCUUGUACCUCAUGUUGCCAGGGUGGGAUUCAGGAUGCUGAAAUAAAUUAAAUGGCUUGAAAAUGGAUGGAUGGUUCAGUAACGUCUUCAAUGUACACAAUGGUGACAGGACCAGCUGUAAAAUAGAUUAGGUAACUUGAGUAAACGCAAGAAUGGAUGAAGCAGUUUACAAUAAAAAUCUGCUAACACAGAUGCAGCUGUCCGGCGUGAGCUGGCAGUUUAAGUCAGUCAGUCAGUUAUUGUCCAACCCACUAUAUCCUAACACAGGGUCACGGGGGUCUGCUGUAGCAAAUCC